UAUCCAAUCUGUAUUGUUGUUAACUAAACAGUUGGAGUAAAGAAAAUUUCGGUUAAAGUUGUAACAAUGACACUUAAAGCGAUUGUAUUAUUAAUUUUUGUCGUAACAAUUAUUAUCAAAUACGGGAAAGGACAAAAACCUAACAACUCCUCUACUGAGAUACCACUACUGGACAAUCUAAAUAUGCCUUUAGUUGCUAUGUUCGAUACCACGAAACUUAACGAGGUAUUGAGGGCCGCUAUAAAGAAGACAGUAGAAGAUACCAUGAACGAGAUGAUUCCUCGGAUAAAACAGGCUGUUCUUGCUGACAUUGGAUACGAACCAGGACGAGAAAAAGAAAGACCAGCUUUUACAGCAUCACUUACAUCACACAGAAAUCUUGGUCGAUACGAAGUUGUUAUAUUUGACAAAAUAUGGCUAAAUAUGGGUGGAGCUUACGAUAAGAAAACUGGAGUUUUUACUGCGCUGAAAGCGGGACUCUACUCUAUUUCAACAACGGUUAUGUCUUAUCUCAGCAGUCAUUUACACUGCGAUUUGUGGAAGAAUAAUGAGAAACUGGUCAGAGCUUUCGGUACUAAAUUAUCGACUGGGACUCUGAAUGUUGUGGUGGCAUUAAAGAAGAAUGACACAGUUUAUGUCAAACAUAUUAAUGCUAAGGAAUACAUUUAUGGAGAUCAUAGAUCGACAUUUUCCGGAUAUCUAAUUACCGAGUAAACCUGUAAAAUCUUUUAGAAGAAAUUGAUCUGGAAAUGAGAAAUGUUUUGGAGGUGUUUAGUAGGAGACUGAGAAAAUUUAAUAUAUUCAUCUAGUAAUAAAUAAAGCAUUUUCCUGAAAUUUAA